GGCUAAGAGGCGGAUAUCCGGCGCCGCCAUUUUGUUUUUCUCCAUUCGUGUGAAGGGUAAGACGAGGAAGAAGAAGAGAUGUUCGCCCUGGUGAGGUCUGCGCUGUCCGUGUCCGGCCGAGGUGUACAGAGAACCCUCACCAGACGGACCCAUCACAAGGCUGAACCCAACUUCCAUGACAAGUAUGGGAACCUCGUCCUGGCGUCCGGGACCGCCUUCUGUGUCGGCAUCUGGGGUUAUGUGAUCACCUCCACAGGGAUCUGCUGGAACUUGUCUCCGGUGGGCAGAGUGACGCCAAUGGAAUACCGGAAUAAGUAGAGGAUCCGGAGUGACGGCGCCGCGCGUCACCUGAGCUGUACAUAGCCCAGCCUGGCCCCCCAUCUCCGGGAGGGGCCCGGGGGCCCGAUGUAAUGAGUCCAAAAAUAAAUGUCAAAUUCUCUUC